AAGUUGGCGCGCUUUUGUGGGGCGCGAAUUUAUUUUUAAUUUUUUACAUUUUAAAAACUUUACAAAAAAGUCUCUAUUUAGACAAAGUAAAGUUUCGACAAAAUUAUAAUAAAAUGUAAUGCACAUUAUUUUAAUUUUCAUUCAAAGCUAUCAAAAUGGCAAUGGAUGCUUGCUAUAUUUUUUUCGUAAAUUUUAAAUAAGUAAAUUAAGGGAUUAUUCACACACUUACUUAAGGCAUGAUUUAUACACUUCAUACACAUAAAAGUUAAUCAGCGUCUAUGAUGAGUGUUACCUGUUAAUUAUGUAAAAUAUCAAAAUCAAAAUGGCGGCUCAAAAACUAUUGUGGCUGACUACGGUGCUCCUGCGGCUGUGGCUGGGUGCAACGGACCUGUGUUAUGCACAAUCCACCCUGCUGACCUUCCAAGACCUGCUGCCUGACAACCCGCGGCACUACGACAAGAUGCGCCCGCCCAAGAUCAACGACCAGCCCACCAUCGUCAACUUCCACGUCACCGUCAUGGGCCUGGACUCUAUCGAUGAGAACUCCAUGACCUAUGCUGCGGACAUAUUCUUCGCGCAGACAUGGAAGGACUUCCGGUUGCGGCUGCCUGAAAACAUGACGUCAGAAUACAGGCUGAUCGACCUGGACUGGCUGAAGCACAUGUGGCGGCCGGACUCCUUCUUCAAGAAUGCCAAGUCCGUUACCUUCCAGACCAUGACCAUCCCCAACCAUUACGUGUGGCUGUACAAGGACAAGACAAUCCUGUACAUGGUGAAACUGACGCUGAAGCUGUCGUGCGCCAUGAACUUCCUCAUCUACCCGCACGACACGCAGGAGUGCAAGCUGCAGAUGGAAAGCUUGUCCCACACGACCGACGACCUGAUCUUCCAGUGGGACCCUGACGUGCCUCUGGUGGUGGACGAGAACAUUGAGCUGCCUCAGCUGGAGCUGGUCCAGAACAGGACUGCUGACUGCACGCAGGUGUACUCCACUGGAAACUUCACCUGUCUUGAGGUGAUCUUCAAGCUGAAGCGGCGGCUGGGGUACCACCUCUUCAACACCUACAUCCCGACCUGCCUCAUCGUCAUCAUGUCUUGGGUGUCGUUCUGGAUCAAGCCUGACGCAGCACCAGCGCGAGUGACGCUGGGCGUGACGUCACUGCUGACGCUGAGCACGCAGCACGCCAAGUCGCAGGCGCAGCUGCCGCCAGUAUCCUACCUUAAAGCGGUGGACGCGUUCAUGUCUGUCUGUACAGUAUUCGUGUUUAUGGCGCUUAUGGAGUAUUGUCUAGUCAACAUCGUCCUCGGUGAUGGUGGCAAACCGAAGGACGCAGCAGAAGCGGAGAAGGCGAAGCAGCGCGCCAUCAACAUCGACCGCUUCUCGCGCGUGUUCUUCCCGCUCCUGUUCUCGGUGCUCAACGCCACCUACUGGAUCCAGUUCGCGCAGUACAUCUGACUGG